GGACGUGCCGUACUGGGUAUCUGCCCUGUUUCCUGGGGAGGCCGAGACGCUUCCCGACGGCUCGUCGGUGGAGGCGGCUGUGCGGGCGAUGCUGGAUCCGGGUGUUGGGCCGGUGAGGCCUUGGGGGGUCGGGAUCAACUGCACCAAGACUUGGAAGCUGGACUCGCUGCUGCGGAAGUACGAGAGGGAAAUCGCCAAGAUGGUUGAGGAGGGGACAAUCAACGAGUGGCCGGCGCUGGUCCUCUACCCCGACGGCACAAACGGGGAGGUCUACAACACGGAGACUCAGAAGUGGGAGGUUCCCGUUGACGGGUUGGGGGAGAAUCAAAUUCCAUGGGAGAAGCAGCUGGCUGAUGUCGUGAGGCAGACUCAGAGGAGAGGAUCGUGGCCAGAGAUCCUUGUGGGCGGAUGUUGCAUGGCAUCGUAUAAGAGUAUCGCAAACCUACGUGCGACUUUACUUCCCGAGAGCUCG